AUGGCCUCCCUUAUGGCCACCCUCGACGCUCUGUCGGCACUCUCUCCAGCCCAAUGGUGCCAAAUAUUCUUCAGCCUCUCUUCGGCCGCCGUCUUGGCUAUCCAGAUCAUUCCCAAGGCGGCCCAGCAUGCACUGCUUGAUUAUGGCGCUCGUUCGCCCGUCGGCACCGACGACCAGAUGAAGGAAGGGGGACCCAAGGCGACGAAUUGGUUCAAUGAUUUCAUCAAAGCGACCGCGUCCAUCGGCCAGAUCCCGCAUGCAUGGUUUAUGCAUUUCUACGUGGCGUCAAUCGCGGGCUCAGCAUUCUGGGCAUACGAAUUCAUCCGAGAUGGACCGGCUUUCAGAUUCAUCGCAGCUCGGCAGGCACAGUCGGGUAGCCCUGCCAUGAGCCUAGAGCAGACGAUUCUCGUUUGGGUAUUAAUGGCGCUGCAGGGAUCCAGGAGGCUCUAUGAGUGCUUCUUCGUGACGAAGCCUGGGUCUUCUAAAAUGUGGUUCGUCCAUUGGCUGCUCGGUCUAGGGUUCUACAUCUGCAUGAGUGUGUCGGUCUGGGUGGAUGGAUCAGGCAAGUUCUCUCAGCCGUGUCAUCAUCAGCAGCUCCCACUAACUUUCCAAGCUUCCCUCCAAGGAGCGUCUGGGCUAAACACUGGCAGCCUACUAUCAUUCACCCCCACCCUUGGAACCGCCGUGUACUUUUACGGGUGGGUGAACCAGCACUGGUGCCAUAAGCAUUUGGCUAGCCUGAGAAAGUAUUCGCUUCCGGAUCAAGGGCUAUUUCGAUACAUUGUAUGCCCUCACUACACCUGCGAAUGCAUUCUUUAUCUUGGGCUCGCUAUAACAGCGGCACCGGAGGGCCAAUGGGUCAACCGCACUCUUUUGUGCGCCUUCUGGUUCAUUGUUGUCAAUCUGGGGACAACAGCCGAUGGAACCAAGCAGUGGUAUGCGCACAAGUUUGGCGCCGAAAAGGUAGCUCAUAAAUGGAAAAUGAUUCCAUUUUUCUUCUAG